GGGAGCUAUAGGUGUAGGGGUUAGCUACCAGUAGGGUGCUGUGUUUGAGCGAGUAUUAUGAAGCUGGCAGAGAUACCUGAAGCUUAGGAACAGGACAGCUUGCUCUGAAUGCAGCAGAAAGCUCUUUUCUGCUUCUCCGUUCCUCUCUGUAAUGGAUUGAAAGAGUGCUGGUAUUUAUACUGGCUGAAUGAUGGAGAAAAUUCUGCUUUGACUCCUUUUCCAGAAAGGACUUUGUAUUUCUAUCAGUUUAUUUAUCUGCAAGCUGCUUCUCUACAGAAACCCACCCAGGGUUGUCUUUCUUAGUAAGGAGGAGACUUCUCCAAGCAAAAUGCUUAUGAGUGAAGAAGAGCCUGCAAGUCUGCAGCCCUGCUGUGAGACCACCACAGAUUUGCCUCCAUCGCAGAAAGAUGACUUUCCUCCAAGGCCAGUGCGAGGAUGACUGCUAUUCUCCCUGCAAUUACGGGAGCCUGUACAGCUACCGGAGCUAUGACUGUGGGAGCCCCUGUGGCUACCGGGGCUAUGGGGGCCUCUACGGCUACCGGGGCCUCUGUGGCUUUGGGGACCGGUACGGCUAUGGCGGUCUGUACGGUUACCGGGGCAUUUAUGGCUCUGGGGACUGCUAUGGCUACGGGGGUCUGUAUGGCGGUUAUAGGGGCUUCUAUGGCUCUGGAGACUGCUAUGGCUACCCAGGCUUUUACUCUGGCCGUUACGGCUACCCCUUCGGUUCACGAUAUGGUCAAAGGUUCGGCUAUGGGAGCUGCUACCCCUGCUAAAACCCAUCAGGAAUGUCCCUCAAAUGAAGAUCAACCCAGGUCUGGCAAGCAUGGAUUGACAGCGAAUCUUGGCAGCAGCGGUCCCUGAUGUGGAGAGCCCUGGUGACAGCAGCCACCCUCCACAGAGACUCUGAAUGCUCUGUGCUGCUGUUGAAGUGCUUGCGAUGAUGUAUCUUUAUUCUGCUCUGUGACUACUUGCUCUCUUGCCACCCAAACUCUCCUCUUGAUCAAAAGCUUGCUUCUCCUUGAUACUGCAGCUUUUUGUAAACUGGCUUUUAUGUCUGUUGCAAUGAUGUACAAAACAUUAACUCUGAAUGAAAGGUAUAGGCAAGGUGUAAUGUGUCUUUGGGAGUGUAGUCUUUGUUGUGUAUACCUUUAAAUGUAUAUCUGCUUUUCACUUAUAUUAAAAAUUA